AUGCCCGACUCUGAUGUGGCUAGGGCUAUUGCCGACGGGCGGGUUCCCAAGGGUAUUACGGCUGAUUAUCUCAACGAGUCCAAGGAUGCUCCCGCCAUUGCGGGAAUUGUCUUUGUGACGGUGUUGACGAGCCUUGUUGUUCUUGGACGACUCAUAUCGAGGGCAUUUCUCAUCCGAAGAUUUGGACUUGAUGAUAUAUUGACGUUGAUAUCAUGGAUUUGCUUCAUUCCCUUCGUGGGCAUGUGUAUCAAGCUUAUCAAUCUGGGAUCCGGACGACACUUUGAAUACAUUCAAUAUGUUCUCGAUAUGCCAACGAUCGAACUGACCGAAGUACUCGACUUUGCCGCCCAUAUCAUUUACACGACGACACUCCUCUUCUGCCGAAUCUCCGGUCUCGCGUUUUACUACCGACUAUGCAGUAUUCACGACAAACUCCUUCUGGCAAUCAAGAUUGUCAUGGGUAUUCUGAUCCUGGGAUACCUCCCGCAGCUGUUCCUCCUCAUCUUCCACUGUAUACCCGUCACUGGAUUGUGGCCGUACGACUUUCAGCCUGGAUUCGACAAGUACACAUGCUUGCAAUGGGGACUCGUGUAUAGCGGCAAUGGAAUGCCGACAUGUCCUGGGCCUCCCACGAGCAACAGCCGCAGCCACGCCCUCCGAUCGCUCAACUUUCGUCCCGAGCACGACGUCCUUACGAGUAGAGAUACUUCGGCCGAGGGGAUAAAUACGUUUAGGACAAAGAACCAGAGGGAUAAUCAGAGCGAGAAUAGUGCGGAUGGCAUCUUGGUUAGUGUGGAUUUCCGCAUAAAGGAGGAUAGUCAACGGGGACAGCAGAGUGAUGGGGAGUCUUCGUGGAAAAGCCAGUGA